CCCGAGCUAUCUUCGCAUCCCAGCCUCAUCUCAAAUCCCUAGCCGCCACCAGCAGCGGCGCCCCAAAUCCCUCGUCGUCGCCAGCCGGCUGCCGGCCCAAUCCCACCUUGCCGGAUGCGCCGCAGUUCUAUCACUGCCAGAUGCACCUCCUCCAGCCUCUCGCUCGCUCCCUCCCACCAUAUUCGCUUGGUGACGACCAAGAACGGCCGCCUACAAAUGUUGUCGUCAACCUUCCCACUACCUCCGGAUGAUUGUCACCGUCAACGUGCCCGCCGCUGCCGUCACUCGACCGCCAUCGCAUCCUUAUCUGAGUGCCACCCUUCCCAUCCAGUCGGUAUGAGUUUGCCUUGCUCGGAUCAAAGCAUUAGGCCGAGGAAAAUGAAGAACGCAAGUUUGCUUCCUGGGGUGGCAGUCCUGCGAUGUUGGUGUGGCGAUCUUUGCAAGGUGAAGGAGGUGACGGAUUUUUCAGAUUGGUUGGGCAUGAAGUUUUUCAUGUGCGCCAAUUAUGAGGAAUAUCCCGCCGUAGCUAUUUCAGAGUACGACAAGCCUCCGUCUCCUCCGCCUCUGUGCAUGUACUAUUAUUGGAUUGACACGGAGAAGCCGGCUUGGGCAGUGACUGAGAUUCGUGAAAGAAGUCGCCGUGCGUGGAAUAGUUUAUUUGCGGAAGAGCGACACGAGAAGGCGGAAGCUGAGGAGAAAGCAGAGCAAGAGAGAGAGUUAAAAGAAUACUAUGCGAAGCAACACCGUUUUUUUGAGGAAAUGGGAAAGAAAAACAGGGAAGAGGCUCGUCGCAUGGAGGGGCAGGAACGAAAGCGAAAGGAGGCUCGUGAGGCAGAGAGGCAGAGAAAGAAAGAAAGGGCUCGUCAGGCUAAGGCAACAGAAGAAGCUGGCGAUGGAAAAGGAAAAUAUCCACGCUGGACUCAGUAGAUUCCUGUGGUAGUAUUUAAAAUUCCGCAAUCAUUUGUAUCUUUAUUUCUGCACUUUAAUGUAGCUUUAUUUCAGGAGUUAAAUGUAGGUAUAUUCCUACAAUGUAUCUUAUUUUCAGUUGUGCCGUGUCGUAAUGGAAAAAAAUAUAGUUUAAGAAUAAA